UUAAUUUAAAAAAAUCUUGAGUGUGCUUUAUCACUGUGGCGGUGUUGCCUUUCUUCUUAAUUAUAUCUUUUACCUCCUCGUAUGCCUCCAUGAGGAUUUGUGCUUCCGAUGGGGAAAGGUACGCGGCUCUAGUUGCCAUGGUAAAUCAGUUUAUCUGUGAUCUGUGGCGGGGUCUGUUUGAGUGAGCCGUGAGCGCGCACCUAUCCAGGAUUGGUUACACCUGGCUUGAUGAAUCCGUGUCUGCUCAUCCUGGCUUGGUCUUUGUGCCACCGAUUAAGCCUGGACGCACAUGUUGUGGAUUCAUUGAGCUCAGCUCAGUCAUUUAUCCCGGAUGUCUUAAUUCUACUUUUGUGCAACAGGCCCCAGGAGCCUCUGGACAAGAUUUUGUAAACAUAUUUAGUUUUAAAGCUGCAGAAAUUCUCAUUGUACCCUGUUCAAAAAUCUCUGCCUGUAGGGGGAGCUCUUGUUCUGCUGCCAUUUGAGAGAGGGGGGCUGAGCCAGGCUGUUUUUUUUAAACCUCUUUUACCAAUUUAACACUUUCUUUAAAUCUUUGAACUUUUUUAUUUCAUUUGAACCUAGACACAAUUUUAUUGCUUUUGUAAUUUGUAUGAAAAACCUGAAGGAGAUUGAACUGUAAGCUGUUAUUUGGUCGGAUCAUUUUUUAGAUCUUUGCUCACAUUUAAAAAAAAACUAUAGUGAAAUUUAUGCCAAAUUUGAAAUUAUGUGAUCAUUUACAUCAUGAAGAUAAACAUAUAAAGAUGUGUAAUUAGACAACUUUGUAUAAUAUUAAGAACACAUUUCAAAUGUUUUCCUUUACCUACCGCUAAAGUUUGAAGUCAACACAAAGUCUAACCGCAAAACCAUGCUCACAGAUAAUAUUCACAGCCCCCCACCACACCUCCCCUCUCUGGUAUUCUCCUAGGCUCCAUUUCACAGUGGGGUGGGGGCAGAAGGACAUCAUAAGCAGACCAGGAUCAGGAUCAGGAUGGAGAAGUGCUCAUUGCUGCUGACUGCUCCUCCUCUCGUGGUCCUCCUCGUCACAGCCCUCAACCCCGGGGAUGCAGACCCUCAGAGACUCCCUUCAAACCUCACCACCUCACCAACACUGAAGACUGCUGAGGCCGCAGCUGGAGCCCAUCCAACAGCAGGCGGACGGGCGGAGGGGAAGAAGGAAGAACAUCUAGAUUGUCCUCCUCUUGGUUUGGAGUCUCUGCGGGUUGAUGACAGCCAGAUCCGAGCUUCCUCGUCUCAGCGCUCCGGAUUGGGUCCACAGAGAGGGAGGCUGAACAUCCAGUCUGGCAUUCAGGAUGGAGAUCUGUACGACGGAGCCUGGUGUGCCCAGUUCAAGGACCGGCAGCAAUGGCUGGAGGUGGACGCAGUCCAUCCCACCCUGUUCACUGGGGUCAUCCUUCAGGGUCGAAACUCCAUCUGGAGCUGGGACUGGGUGGAAACGUACAAAGUUCAGCUGAGCAACGAUUCUGUGGGUUGGCAGACCUGCAUGAACGGGACCACAGAGAUGAUAUUCAAGGGGAACCGGGAUCCGGAGACUCCGGUUCUUGGGCUUCUUCCAACUCCCACUGUGGCCCGGUUCAUCCGCAUCAAUCCGCAGAGCUGGUUCUCCAACGGCAGCAUUUGCUUAAGGGCAGAGGUCCUCGGCUGUCGGCUUCAGGACCCGGCUGACAGAUUUGAGCAUGACCCACUAUCAAAGGAUGAUCUGGACUUCAGACACCACAGCUACAUGGAAAUGAGAAAGCUCAUGAAGUCUGUGAGGGAUGAGUGUGCAAACAUCACCCGCAUCUACACCAUUGGAAGGAGCUACAUGGGGCUCAAACUCUACGUUAUGGAGUUUUCAGACAACCCCGGCAAGCACGAGCUCGGUGAACCGGAAUUUCGAUAUGUGGCGGGCAUGCACGGGAACGAGGCCCUCGGGCGAGAACUUCUGCUAAACCUUAUGCAGUUUCUGUGCAAAGAGUACCUGAAGGGGAACCAGCGUGUGGUGCGCCUGGUCACAGAGACUCGGAUCCACCUCCUUCCCUCCAUGAACCCAGACGGAUACGAAGCCGCUUAUGAGAAGGGUUCAGAGCUGGCUGGCUGGGCAGACGGACGCUACAACUUUGAAGGAAUCGACCUCAAUCAUAACUUUCCCGACCUGAACAACAUUAUGUGGGACGCUCAGGAGAAGGCCGCCGACGCCUCCAAAGUCCCCAACCACUACAUCCCCAUCCCUGAGUACUACACCCGCGAGGACGCCACGGUGGCUCCGGAGACCCGCGCCGUCAUCAGCUGGAUGCAGGACAUCCCUUUUGUCCUCAGCGCAAACCUCCACGGAGGGGAACUGGUCAUCACCUAUCCGUUCGACUGCACCCGUGAUUGGGCCCCCCAGGAGAACACCCCCACUGCAGAUGACACCUUCUUCCGCUGGCUGGCCUCCGUCUACGCUUCCACCCACCUGGUGCUGUCCAACCCUGACCGCCGCGUCUGUCACUACGAGGACUUCCAGACCCACAAGAACAUUAUCAAUGGGGGGGCCUGGCACACCGUCCCUGGCAGCAUGAACGACUUCAGCUACCUGCACACCAACUGUCUGGAGGUGACGGUGGAACUGUCCUGUGACAAGUUCCCCCACGCCAGCGAGCUCCCCGCAGAGUGGGAGAACAACAAAGAGUCCCUGCUGGUUUACCUGGAGCAGGUUCACAGAGGGAUCAAAGGCGUGGUCAGGGACAAAGUCAGCAAACAGGGAAUCGCAGACGCCAUCAUCAAAGUGGACGGGCACGCCCAUGACAUUCGCUCAGCUGCUGAUGGGGACUUCUGGCGCCUGUUGAACCCUGGCGAGUACAAGGUGGUGGUUUGGGCCAAAGGUUACUUCCCAUCCAUGCGUCGCUGCCGCGUUGGCAUGGAGCCUCGUCCCACAAUCUGUGACUUCACUCUCACCGAGAUCCCUGCCCAGCGGCUAAAAGAGAUCCAAGCCAAAGGUGGGAGGGUCCCCCAGGACCACCAGCUACGAGUGCGAGCUCUGAGGCUGCGGAAGCUGCGGGCCAGCACCAAAGCCAUCAACCGCCGCAGGGAGAAGCAGCAGCUGCAGACCCGGAGAGCCUCUUGAACCGGGAGGGGGUCUCUGAAGAACUGAUGAUGACUACCUGACCACAAAGAUGUUUGGGUCCACUAGAAACUGUGAAAUCAUCUGUGUACUGGCCCUUUAAAGGAGACGUCGUUAAGGUCAAAUCAGAAUUAUUUUAAAGUGAACAAAAAAAAACAAAUUGUAAAUCUAGAAAAAGAACAUUAAAUGUGAAAGAAAUAUUGAAAAUUCAAAAACAUAUCGAUUAAAAAAUACCAAAAUACUAUACACCUAAAACUUUUUACCAAAUGAAAAAUCCUGUCUAUUUUUAACAGCUGCUAUUUAGUUUUUUCGUUUCUCUUUUCACUUUCAAUUCUCAGUUUACAGUUUCUAUUCAGAAUUUUCGUUUUCAGAGUUGAGCAUAAUUGUAUGGGGGGGGCUUUAAGCCCAUAGGCUACUGGGACUAAAUUGAUAUUGGGUGAAAAAGGUUAUGGUGGCGUUAUUUCUGCUCCAAAACAGCAUUUGUUGUUGGCGCCGCCUGUGUCUGAUGCACCAAACUCACUACUGUUCACCACAGCAGAGAAGGAAUGACACAUUAUUUUUCAUUUAAUAAGUUUUAGGUUUAAAGUUUUUAUAUUCAAGUUUCAAAUUUAUUAUUUUAACCGCCAAAUUUUCAUGACUUCUUUCAAGUUUCCAAUGUGUACUUUUGAGUUUAAUGUUUACAAUCUGGUUUUUUCUUCUCUCUAAGCUGAUUUUUCAUAUAAAAGCCCUCAAACCCCAGAAAAAGGACUUUACUUUUAAGGACAUAAAGCAGGUUUAGCUUUUUGGUCAGCUGGUCUGAUGCUUUUUCACACUUUCUUCUGUCUAUAAAAAUAUUGGUAUUUUCUGCUGUCAUAAAACCUUUUCAUCCUGAAGGACAAGGCUGAGAGGUCUUCUAAACUUAUUCAGCGUGUUUUCUGUUUCCAUGGCUGAUGUCAUUUCCUGAUUGUCUCAUUGAAUAAAAGAAUUUCAGAAACACAAA